UGGCUCUGGGCCAGCUUCUUUUCCAAAUAAGAGGCCCAGAGGCUGUGGGGUGCACAGGGUGCUGUGGCGUGUCAGAAGCAGAGACCUGGGCUCCCUGGUAUCAUCCGUUUUCCAAGCUAGAAGGGAGAAAGGCAAGGAUGGUGGAGGCUUUCUGUGCUACUUGGAAGCUGACGGACAGUCAGAACUUUGACGAGUACAUGAAGGCUCUAGGCGUGGGCUUUGCCACGAGGCAGGUGGGGAACGUGACCAAGCCCACAGUGAUUAUUAGUCAGGAGGCUGGCCGGGUGGUGAUCAGGACCCAGUGCACGUUCAAGAACACGGAGAUCAGCUUCUUUCUGGGGGAGGAGUUUGAUGAAAUCAGUGUGGACGACCGAAAGUGUAAGUCUGUUGUUAGCCUGGACGGAGGCAAACUUGUGCACAUACAGAAAUGGGACGGCAAGGAGACAAAGUUUGUGAGAGAAAUUAAAGAUGACAAAAUGGUUAUGACUCUGACUUUUGGUGACGUUGUCUGUGUUCGCCAGUAUGAGAAAGUGUAAGGAAAUUCCUGGGUCGGGCUGGAGACGCCCUGGGAUUAUCCUCUCCGUCACCUGCAUCAACAGUGGUGAAGGUCAUCCCCAGGAGGAGGCAGAGAAUGGGGACUGAAAACCGUGUAACUCCAAACAGCUAGCUCAAUUUCGAUAUGCAAGUUUAUCAUGUUUUUAAAAAUUUUAUCACAAUUUUUUAAUAAAAAAGAACGCAUUUAUGAUUUCCUUUGGAAUACAAAUCAAAUUGGAAUAAAAAUCUUAUAUACUCA